AUAGAUUAUCUCCACCAAACAAAGUGUCUGCCACUUACGCUUGGGCCCAUAUGCAACUCUCUCCGCGGCUCCUCUGCUUCUUUUUGUAUCGGAAGCACAGCAUCGCCGUCACUUUCACCAACGAUGCCACUGCGCUGACAGCACAGAGCCGGAGCGCCGCGUCUACAGUUGCUGUUCCAUCCUCCUGCACCCGUCCCCUUCUCCCCCCCUCCCCAAAUCAAGAGCCAAGAGAGAGACCUUUUAAAACAAAACGCUGCCUUUUUUCUGACACCGGAACAGUUCGAUUUGAUGCUUAUUGAUGAAUGGUCUCGUCAGCAUUCUGCCAAAAUAACACACCGAGUUGGGAGCGACGCAGAACAAACCUCGAUGAUGGAAGAUCCAAAUGCUCACAAGGGGUUUUGGGAGAGCGAUGCAAGCAGGGCCGUUCAGCAGUGUCUAACCGACAUUUUCACCAGCGUCUAUACAACCUGUGACAUUCCGGAAAAUGCCAUCUUUGGGCCCUGCGUACUGAGCCACACGUCCCUCUAUGACAGCAUCGCUUUCAUUGCUCUGAAGUCAGCCGACAAAAGGACGGUGCCCUACAUUUUUAGGGUGGAUACAUCAUCGGCAAACGGCUCCUCCGAGGGUUUAAUGUGGCUCAGGCUGGUCCAGUCGGCCAGAGAUAAAGAAGAACAGAAUCUCGAAGCCUAUGUGAAGAACGGCCAGCUGUUUUAUCGGUCAUUGAGGCGGAUUGAUAAAGACGAAGAAUUACUUGUGUGGUAUGGAAAAGAACUGCUGGAACUGCUCCUUCUCUGCAACGUCAGAGCGCCAGCCAAAAUGAACGGAGCCUCGCCGUACACAUGCCUGGACUGCAGCCAGCGGUUCCAAUGUGAAUACCCCUUUCUAGCUCACCUGAGAUUCCGCUGUCAGAAGCGAAUGGGUUGCAUUGCCUCAGAUGAGAACGUUAAAAGCGGCGAAGACCGUGACCACGUUGUUGCCGUGGAGUCAAGUGUCAAAUUCGGCCGAUCGGAGCGCCAAUCAGUCUUCACCAAUGUAGAAAACAGCAAACCUACGACGGAUUUCCACAAUCUCGCCAGGGACAUGGAAAAUCCAAGGGAAGACGCUAGGAAUCGCCGGGAAGCUGAAAGCAUAAAUGAAAAUAAAAGGAAGUACGACGAAAUGGAAAAGAAUGACGAUAUAAUGCACGAUACAAAAAUGGCAGACAGAUCACAGCCUACUCCGAGAGAGAAGCUCCCUUGUCCUUCCCAGCAGUUCAGAGGGAGCUAUUUCAGUCUGAGAGAAAAUGGAAGGUUGAUGACAUCCAGCCCAGAGUCUACGGAUGCUAAACAGAGCGCCUUCAACGAGGUGAGGAGAACUUCACUUUCCCUUAAACAGACAACAAAGGAUCACGCUCCUGAAACAGAUAACAAGAAUGGCUCAGUGGCCAACACCGGCCCAGCGGAGAAGCCAGUGGACAUUAAAUCAGUCCUGACUGAAACGCAGGCCCCUUCUUGUCUGGACAACAUUGCCAUGGGAAGCGCGUUCAGGAGCGUCUCUCAGCUCUGUGCAACGGAAGAGAGGAAGAGCGCGUUCUCUCAACCGGCCAGAUCAUUUGCACAGUUGCCCCCACUCCUGGUGUCCCAAAAGGUGAUCCCUGGUUUAGAGUGCCACCCCGGCGUUGGCGAUUCUGGCAGACUUUAUCAGGCGAAUGCACUGGCUGCAAAGCUCCAAAGUGCAGACGUUAACGGCAGUUGUAAUCUGCAAGGAGGCCUUGCUAAACAAAGUCCUUUCAUCUAUGCUACUGCCUUCUGGCCAAAGGCCGCUGGGCCCAUUCAGCUGCAAGUUCCGUCCGCUCUGACCCUUCUUCCUCCUUCCUUCACAUCCUUUUGUUUACCUGCACAAAACUGGUGUGCCAAAUGCAACGCUUCUUUCAGAAUGACGUCCGAUUUAGUGUACCACAUGCGAUCUCAUCACAAAAAAGAAUAUGCCAUGGAGCCUUUAGUGAAAAGACGAAGAGAAGAAAAACUUAAAUGUCCCAUUUGCAAUGAAUCCUUUAGGGAACGCCAUCAUCUUUCCCGGCACAUGACGUCUCAUAACUGAAUAAACUUUAUGCCCGAUUGUAAUACUAAUUUAAUAUACAGACAAACUAAGGGAAGGGGUGAUUGUGAUGACACCUUUACAUUUGCCAUUUUGUAACUAUGAACAACAGUGAAACAAAUGCAUUUUGUCAGAAAUUUAUUUCAGUUUAAAUACUUUAGGUGCUUAUGGUAGCUUGGCAGAGGAAUAUAUGAUAUUAUCAUAUUUAAGUAAAUAAUUUUAUUUUAGAUAAAUAAAAGGUAAAAGAAUGGAUCUUGUCUAAUUGACUUCAUUAAGGCACUUCAGUGUCACCAUUAAACAAAUAUGAGCGGUUUAUCCGUAGGAGAUGCAGAGCUGAUGACAGAAUAGAUGCAUGUAAAACGCGUAAAAUUAUGAACACCAAAAUGCAGGUGGGACAGUGCGGAAUAUGUGUUGUUUUUGUAAAUAUUUUCGUUUAUAAAACAAAUCAAAUGUACUAUUUUGUGCCAGUGUAAAAAAAGUCUUAAUAGUUAUUGUGU